UUAUUUCUAACUAACCCAUAGUUCCGUGUAGCCAUCGCGCCUGCUGGCCUUGUCUAAACCUGCAAAAUAAUAAAUUUUAAGGAUAUAUGAAGCUGAUAAAGGUUCGUUUGUGUUGAAGAUGAUGGGGUAAUCCUCCUGGAAAUAGGAUUAUUGUCUUGAGACAGUGAAAGUUGUGGAGGAAUGGCUACAAAACCAGGUGAUUCGGAUGCUGGGUCCAUGACUCCGUCGGAGCCGAGCGACGGGGAUGACCGCAGUGACCGGGACUCCGAUUAUGAGAGUGAUGAAGAGGAUGAAGAAGUGAUAUAUAGGCAAAGUGAGAAACUGAACAUACAAUGGACCGGAUAUGCCAGAAGAACACCUGUAAUACUGUUCUGUCCAGAUGCCAUGCUGGCUAAGAAGAGUCCCAAAAAGACAGUGGGAGAGAGAUAUCACAUGACCUACAAAUUUGGAAGCUCGGAAUGCAAGAUUGUUCGGAAUAUCUUCAACUUCCAUGGAUUCCACGAGGUACAUCCCAACAGUUCAGAUUAUAACAUCAUUUGGACGGGAGGUCAUCUUAAACCUUUCACUUUACGCAGUUUGACAGAGUUCCAGAAAGUCAAUCAUUUCCCCCGUUCCUACGAAAUCACGAGGAAAGACAGACUCUUUAAAAACAUCCAGAGAAUGCAACAAAUUAAGGGGUUUAAACACUUUGACAUCAUUCCCCAGAGCUUCAUCUUACCCAGUGAAUAUCAAGACUUUUGUGCGUCUUUUUUGAGGGAGAAGGGUCUGUGGAUUGUUAAGCCUGUGGCCUCGUCUCGCGGGAGGGGCGUGUUCCUGUGUAACCAUCCCGAUCAGGUGCCAUUAGAUGAGAACUUGAUUGUGUCUAAAUACGUAUCCAACCCAUUGUUGAUAGACAGUUUUAAGUUUGACAUCCGAUUGUAUGUGUGUGUUACGUCCUAUGACCCUCUUUGUAUCUACUUGUUUGAGGAAGGACUAACCAGGUUUGCUACUGUGAAAUAUGAGAAAAGCAAUCGACACAUCAGGAAUCAAUGUAUGCAUCUGACAAACUACAGUGUCAACAAGAAAAGUGACGACUACGUCAAGAACGAUGACCCUGAUGUAGAGGAUUAUGGGAAUAAAUGGUCACUGGGUGCAUUUUUACGCUACCUCAGGUCAAGGGGCAAGGACACAGCAGCGCUGAUGAUGAGGAUUGAGGACGUCAUCAUUAAGACCAUCGUCUCUGUGGAGGUCCCGGUAGCCACUGCCUGUAAAAUGUUUAUGCCUUUCAGAGGAAACUGUUUUGAAUUAUAUGGGUUUGAUAUUUUAGUGGAUGAUAACCUAAAACCGUGGGUGCUAGAAGUCAAUUUAUCCCCCUCCCUCGCAUGUGAUUCCCCUUUAGACAUGAAGAUAAAAACCAAUAUGAUGUGUGAUGUGUUCAGCCUUACAGGAGUUGUCUGUCAUGAUCCGAUGAUGAGAACUCUCCAACAGAGUCGACGUAAUCAAGAAGUCACUGCCAAAAUAGCCGCGCGUGCCAAGAAAGAGCGGACAAUUCAAGAAAAGAUUUCGUCUGCUCGAUAUAGGCCCUCCUCUGCCUCCUCACUGAAACAGAGACCCCAGUCUGCUGGAAGUUCAUCUGGAAGUCGACCAGGAAACCCCCAGCCCCGGGGCAUGGCUGGUCUGAACAGCGAGGAAAUCAAAAUCCUACGACGAAUCAAAGAGGAAGACCAGAGGAAGGGGGGCUGGGUCAGGAUAUUCCCCACCCCUGACUCCUGGGACCUGUACUCAUCGUUUCUUCAGUUUUCAACUACUCACAAUUUAAUGGUUCACAGUCGACUCUAUCCGGAAAGACAUAAAGGUGGAUCACAAGCUAAAAGUGCUGCCUCUACAUCUGUAGGUCAAAGGGCAAAAAUUAGUCCUACGUUCAGAACCAAGAGUGCAUAUGCAUCCAUUGGAGGAAAUUCUAAGUCGGAUCCAGAGUUUGCUGAAUGUUACGCCCAGGCCAUUAACAGAACCCGACAGUACGAGAGGAAGUUAGGAACAGCGAGACGGGGACGAAGGAAAAACAAACGCAAACCUAAAGUGAGACCUAAGCUUGUUCAGGGUGUGGUUGAGGACAAUGAGGAGGAUGAGGAGAAGGCUGAUGAAUCAGAGGAGGAGAAUGAGGAUGAGGACACGAAGGCAGACUCCAGAAGCUCCUCCCCCGCCGAGGAGGAGAAAAACAAAGUGGAGGUAGAGGUGGAUGUUGUGACGGAUGGGGACGAAGUCCCUGCGGAAAAACCACCCACUGCACAGACCGAUCUAAAGCCAUCAGCACAGGAUAAACCUCCAAAACCCCAGAGAGUUCAGGUCAAACUACCCCUCCAAAAACCCCAGGAAAAUCCCCCCGAGGAGAAGCCUGAAGUUCCCCCCAAACCCCCACCUCCCCCACCCGAACCUAAGUACAAUGUGGUGGAGCUCUUACAGAAGGGCAGAACGCUCAGUAAGUGUCAGGCUAGAGGUGCUUUUGCGAUGUAUUUAGUUCGGGUUCAGCAGCGCUUGAUAUCUGAAGUAGGCCCUUCUAAUCAGGAUGACUCGGAUGCUCUCAAUGAACAAAUGGAUUUGGUGCUGCGGUUCCUGAAGCGGGCGGCAGUCAAUCUUCAGCAGCCGUUUAAGGUGGUGGUACCGAGCAGGAAGCUCCCCCUGACUGAUCGACGGAGGAUACUGGCUAAACAACUCGGGGAUUUCGUCCAUAUCUACAAUAAAGAGACAGAGCAGGUGAACUUGAAGCGGCAGCAGGAGAGACAGCAGGGUAAGAUAGCCGAGCUCCACCCCACCACAGCAGAGGCCGAGUCCCAGGGACUGUGUGAACACAAGUUUGACAAAUUUGUCAAUAUUGCCAGUGAGGGAGAACUAGAGGAAGUACUAACAACCUAUACCAAGAUCAACAAGUCAGCAAGUAUAUUCCUAGGGGGCCACCCCAAGCAUAACACUGCUGAUGGUCAGUCCCGCCCCACGUCAACAUUCCAGCACUCCAGACCCCCCUCAGCGGGUCCUUCCCGCCCCUCUAAUGCCGCCCCCAGUCGACCCCCCAUCUCUAGGCAGAGCUCCAUACUACAGAACAGGCCAGGCUCUAGUAACCUGGGGAGGACCUCCAGCAUGUCUGGCUCAGAGACCAAUGUAGGCAAGAAAAAGGAGGUCGAGGGUACAAUAGAGGCCACGCCUAAAACUCUUAACGGCUGGGAGGACACGCCAAAGUUUGCUAGUGACAGCAAUGUAACCACCACCGCCACCACCACUAGAACCAUCUCACAGACCGGCGAGCCACCACACUCACGUGUUUACCACACACCCUCUCAAUCCUCAUACGCUAACGCUGUACAGGUAUACACACAGAAACUAACCUCCAACCGACCGCGAUCUGCCACCUCAGCUGGGAACAGGACAGGUGUGAUAGCCAAGUCUUUCAGUCGGCCAAUGUCAGCCAUGAAUCGUCCCUCCUCAGCUAAUCCUUAUGCCACUACUAAUCCAACAGUGGAUUCUUACAACGACCAGGCUAUACAUGAUGCUCUACAGAGGUUGGCACUCCGCCAGCAGGCUCUUCAGUACUCCGCCUAUAACGGGACCAGCAUGAUAAACGACGAGUCACGAAGCUCCUCCUCCCAGCGAGUGGGACAGGGUGACGUGCCGCAGUACGGCAGUACCACCUCCCUAGUAGAUACCACUUACACGGUCAGCAAACCCGGUAGUUAUGACAAAAUGGUUCCCCCAUCUUCCGCGUAUACCGGUGCUUCUGGGGACAGGGUGCAGACAAACACAGCAGUCUACCCAGAACAGACGAGAAGUGAUAACUAUUCCAGACCCCAGGACAGUGUCAAAUAUAACCCAUCUAAUGUGACCCCAGAGGACUUCAGAAACAGGCCACCCUCAGGUCAAGGUCGUAGAAGGGUGGAGGUCAAAUCAGCUUCAGGAUCAAGAAAACCUGUUCAAUCAAAUGUGAAUCUACGAAGUGCCAAUGCAACUUUUAAUAGUUUUAUAGAGGACUCAAAUGGAACGACCUGGCAAAAUGACCUUGCUCAUGCUUAUAACCAGGUCACGGGAGUGUUGCCUAGCAACUAUCACACAGCUUCUCAUUCUAGUAAACAGUUUCAGAUAAUGCAGCAGCAGGCUGCUCUAAAACAACAGAGUAAAGCAAUGCUGGAGCAGAGUAAAGCUAAGCACCAGGCCAUGAUAGCUCAGGCCCACGCCGUGCAGAAACAGAAACAGGAUCAGGAUAUUGAGAGUGCUCUACAGAUGUACGCCCCCAAACCCCCCGUACAACCCCCCCACUCACGCAAACUCCCCAGCUCCCACAGGGUCCAAAGGUCUGCAGUCCCUGAUGAAUCUUUAAAUUUCAAUUUCUACAACAGCUUGCAGUUUGAUCAACACACCGGGCGCACACGAUCAGCUCAAGGGUACUGAAACUUCAACCUCUGGAACAGAUGCUGGACCUGUACUUCCCUAAAAUUAAUGUUAAAUAAUUCACAUAGAAGCUCGGCGAUACAGUAUCCUCAAUACAACAGAGAUAAUGUUCCGUGUUAGGUUUGAGUGAUGUGUAAAAUCUCAGAUUUAAGUGUUAUAUAAAAUUUAUCUACAGGUUUUACUGUGUAACAUGUGUGAGUGAUGGAUGAAGAUUCAAUAUUUAUUAGCUCUUAAACUCAACUAGAUAAAAAGCCGUCCGUUUUCAAUUCUUUUUAUACAAGUAUCAAUUUUAUUUAUUGGAUGAUGCAGAAAUGUGGCUUUAUAAGACUAUGUAUGUGUUUGAGAAAGUGUAAUUUUAUAUUUUGAACUCCGUCCAUGUUAAAGCUACUGUUUUAUGUUCCUUUGUUUUGUAUGUAUUCAAGCUACAGUGUUACAGUAUGUUCACCUGUUUUGUAAGUUUAAGUCUACACGUACUAGGCUCUGUGACACAGAACAAUAUUUUCAGGUCAAACAAGUCCAGUUUUAUAAUGGGAGUCAUGCCAGAAAACACUGUCAAAUCCUUCAUGAGUUUUAUCAUGUUAAGUUUGAGUAAGGGACGUAAAAACAGUUUUAUCAUUCAUUUUAAUAAAAUGAAAUUUUACAAUCUAUUAUUGAUGUGUGUGAAGGUAUAUUUUGUUUGUUAUUAUCCUGUCCAGAAUGUUCAAUGUUAGAUA